AGCUCUCUUCACAUUUUGAGGGCAUUCACAGAUAAAGCUCAGUGGGCCUGCUGGGGUAUUUAUUUUUAGCGGGUCUAUCAGCAUCCUUUGGAUGUGGCUGUGGAUUGACAGGACAAGUGUGGCCGGCAGCAGCAGGAUGAAGGAAGGAGGUCCUGGAUCUAGACCACGCACCCCCACCCGCCAACCCAGCAUUCCAAUAAAGAGAGAUAGAGCUGUUCUUGCUUCCUCACGCCCCCUUUUGCUCUCCCCACACUUCACAUGCACAUGGUCAUGGGGGGUGUAUCUGCGCUCACCUCCCAGGACUGACAGAAGCUCAGCAGGCAAUCUGGGCCACAGAGGAGGACUGAACAUCCAGGGAUGGGACGAGACGUUUGAUAGAAACCAAGAGACAUUAAAAAAGACACAGGAACAACGUAAGAAAAAUGGUUGCAGAGGAAGUAGUGGUGACCCUCUCAGGAGGUGCACCAUGGGGUUUCCGAUUACAAGGAGGAGCUGAGCACCAGAAACCCCUCCAAGUGGCAAAGGUGAGGAAGCGCAGUAAGGCCUGCAGGGCUGGGCUCAGAGAGACUGAUGAGCUGGUGUCAAUCAAUAAUGUGUCCUGUGGAACACUAUCUCAUGCUGAGGCUAUGAAUCUGAUUGAUAGUGGCAGAGGAACCCUCCAUCUGCGAAUCAAAAGGGCCCCAGCUGCAUAUCAGUCUGUGGUGCUUCUGGGUCGGGCCCCCUCUCCCCGUAUUGAUAAGGAGUACCGGGCAGCCUUGAGAGCCCUGUCCCCUCCUCUUGCCUCUAAACCGCCUGGUGUCCACAGAGCAUCGCUCAUGUCUCCCACCGGCGGCCUCGAGUGGCUUACGUCCCCUCCAGACAGUGAAGCUUACUACGGGGAGACAGACAGCGACGCAGAUGUGGCAGCACAAGAGAAGCAGCGCAGGCAGAGACGACGAAGUCCCAGUAGCUCUCCUGCCAAGAGCCCUGGCCAAGCCUCACCCCAAGAGGAGGAGACUUCGGAAAUGAGUGGCUAUGAGAGCACACAGGACAUCUGCAUGUACCCUCAAACACAGAGCUGGCCUGUAUCUGAUCUUGAGGGAACGGGGACUCAGCAACAGCACAUAAUGCCUGGGGUGGCACGUAGAGAAGUGGUCUACCAGCCUUCGCAGGCUGAAUGGUCGCACCAGGCAGAAAAUUCCUCUGAGAAUUCAAGUCCAUCAGGAGCUGCUGAAGUGGACAGUGGGUUCCAGGAGCCCCCCACUGUCCCACCUCCACUUGUUUCUCCAGAGCGGGCGAAAGAGGCUCUCAUGCUUGCAUCUCACAGACAGAUGGUACCCAUGGUCGGUCCUGUGGACAACCCAGUGGAUGAAGAACUCACUGUCACGUACAUGGACAAGGCCAAGCAAGCUAAGCUACACAGAGGUGAGAGUUUACAAGAUAAGCAGGUGAAGGAGGCCCGAUCCAAGUGCCGCACCAUUGCUUCACUCUUGACAGAUGCUCCUAACCCUCACUCUAAAGGUGUGCUUAUGUUUAAAAAGCGACGGCAGCGCGCCAAAAAGUAUACUCUCACAUGCUUUGGCAGUGUAGACGGAGAAAGCUACAGUAACACAGAGGGAGAAACUGAAGACGAAAGCCUGUUUCCUGGGAGCGAAUCUGAGCUUGAUGAGGAUGGUUUUUCUGCUGCACCAGACCCUACUUGGGAUAGCGGUUACUUGGAAGUUUUAGACAAGAGAACUUCAGCGUGUAUUGUGCCUGACAGAGAUGCAGAGAUUAGCCCCGGCUUAAACGCCACUUCAGGAAAAGGAGCCCAGCUUUUUGAACAACAGAGGAAAAGAGCAGAAAAACAUACGUCAAACCUGGUUACACCCACUGCCUUCUCCAUGCCACAGCAUCAAGGAGAAUCAACCCUAACAUACACCCCAGUUACUCCAGUCACACCCCUAACCUCUCAUAGUACUAGUAUGAUGAACGGGGAACCUUUGGUGGUGAGCCGGACAAGUGUUGUGUUGUCCUCUCCAGUCCAGAUGCCCAUGCCAUCAAUGGCAGGAGUAUUACCAGAUCAAGCAGACUCAUCGACUGCCAACUCAGUGCACAACAGAACUGCCAGGCCAUUUGCCCCUGGCUGUGUGAGCCACCGAGCAGCAACUGCUCCAGUAGUCUUCAGGCCCAGCCCUGCCAAAAAGGUUGGAUCACAGGCUCAAGCUGUGUCUGUGGCAACUAUGCCAGCUCCCUUCUCUCCUGCUGGCUCGGAGGGGAAGAAAGCCAUCUCUACAACAUCACUGUAUAUCCCUGCCAGACCAGCCACCUACAAUGGGCCUUCCUCUGUGCUCUCUCCAUCCUCAAUCAUUUCAGGUCCAUUUUCUCCUCCCCCUUCAAACGCUCCACUCUACUCCCCAACUUAUUCCAGCACAUCUGCCCCUUUUUCUCCAACAUCUUCUCAUGUAACAUCUUUGAAUUCACCUUCUGGUAUAGCUCAGCCUUACUCUCCACCCCAAACACAGGCAAUGCAGCUCAGUCCUCCGUACCACAAGGUUUCUGCUCAGUAUCAGCCACCUCCACCGGUUCAGGUGCCAGCACAGCCUUUCUCUCCCCCAUUCACAAAUGCUCACAAUGCCCCUGCCCCAGCCCCAGCUCCUGCCCACACCUAUGCUCCUGCAACACCAAAUGUACAAUCUUCACCAGCCCACAAAGUUUCCUUUAACCCAUACAUCUCUGUGGCAGCCACUACUCCGGAAAUACCAAAUGCACCAGUUGCCCAGCAGUAUCCUCUUUCCAACUCCACUGAUGCAAUGACUUCUCGAGAGCAGCGGGUCUCAGUCCCUGUCGGCCGCACUGGGAUCCUGCAGGAGGCUCGUCGUCGUGGCACCAAGAAACCAAUGUUCAAUGCUCAGGAGGAGAAGAAGGCUCCAUCUUACAACCCUGAACUACUGUCUCUAGUGCAGAACUUGGAUGACAGGUCCCGUUCGGGUCUAGAGGCUGGGUUUGAGUCUGGCCCUGAGGAAGAUUUCCUCAACCUGGGUGCAGAGGCUUGCAACUUCAUGCAGGCACAGAGAUACAAGAUGCCACCACCAGUGGCUCCUAAACCAGCUCAACCAGCUCCUGAGAUGCCCCAGAUGCAAGGUAAAGGUGCGGAGCUGUUUGCACGCAGACAAAGUCGCAUGGACCGAUAUGUGGUGGAUAAACAGCCCAAAUCUCCAGCGCAGCCUCGUGAUCCUUCACCCACACCAUCCCUCCCAGGUCACUGGAAAUACUCUCCAAACAUCCGAGCCCCACCACCCAUUAAUUAUAAUCCACUGCUGUCACCUUCUUGCCCUCCAGUAGCCCAGCGUGGCACAAAGGCUAAUGAUGCAACUAAAGUUGGGGUUAAAACAGUGCCUGGCCAGCACAAACAGGGUAUAAAGGCUCUAGACUUUGUGAGCAGGCAGCCAUACCAGCUCAACUCCUCUUUGUUCAGUUAUGGAGGCGGAGUCCCUCAAAACACUGCCACUUAUCAGCAGCAGCAGAAUGGUGUUGGCAUGACAGGUAAUCUCCUUAACCCACCGAAGCAGGUCCCUGUUAAAGCAAGCCGUGUGUAUGAAAUCAAACGUUUCUCCACGCCUACUCCCAUGUCUGCACCCACAUCCCUGACCCCCACUGUAAUUGCCCCUCGCUCUGCCACAACUCUCGGUGAGCCAAUGUGGCGCAGUGAUGUCACUUCCCCUCCUCCCAUUGCUCCACGACCUUCUGCACCAUUCUCGCCACCUCCUCCAGCCCCGACAGCAGCCCUGCCUGCUCUCCCCCAAAUAUCCACUGCCCCCAUGCCCAAUUCAGUGCCCAUCCCACAACCCACUUUUGGGCAACCCUACACCCCAUUUCAGGCAGCCAAGCAGUUUAAGAGCGCCCCUGAGCUGAGUCCCCUGUCUCCUAAUGUGCGAUCCUCAGGGUCCGGGAGUAGCCAGAACCUACGGGUACCCAGGCCCCGCUUCAGUACAUCAAGCAUGGGUCUGCAACCAAACGUGUGGAGGCCUGGCUCCAUACUUUACUGAGAAUCCACUGUGACACUAAUUAUCACCCUGGGCAAGAGCACUUGAAUGCUUGAGCUCUGUUCUGCUAAAUGAAUUGUUCGACUUCAGUAAUAUGACAAAACAAAAACAUCAGUCAGAGAUGCUGUAUUUUUUUUGCAUGUUCACAACUGUAGUAUUUCAGUCACUCCACACAAGUACACAAUUAUUUUUAAAAUAGAGUAUUCAGCAACAUCUGAAUAUUGAGAUAUUUAUGUACUGUCCACACUUUGAUUCCUGUUUCUAUUUCAGUUUGCAACUCAUUUAUUUUACACCAAAUUAACAUGUUUAACCCACAGAAAGUAUUGCACAGACACUAUUUGUCAGAGCAACUAAAUAAAAUAUCAGCAUUAAUGCCUAAUAAUGAUCAAUGAUUUUAUGUACAAGGGGCCACAAGGAUUGAAUGAUGAAGGGGUAAGUAAACUAUAUAUUACAGAAUCCUAUUGUGACAGAAGAUAAUGGAUGGCAGAAUCAUUGAAGAUUUGUGUACAAGUGUUAUAGAAUGUUCUAAGAUGUAUUUGCUCAAGUUGUAUCAGAGUCUCAGUGACAGAGAGGUGAAAGAAAUGUACAAAGAAUGUGAUGGGCUUGCAAUGAAAAAGAUGAAAAAUCCUCAAGUGGAGAGAUGGUACAAUCACCCCCUUGCUCUUGCUCUUGAAUUGCUAUCUCAUCUGACCUCUGCCAUGCCCUUUACUUCUAAUGUUAUCCAUCCUUUAUCUCUCUAAACAUCUCUUGAGGUUGGACUGCAGGCCUGUGUUUGUCUAGCAUUGCACAAAGCCUUUGCUUCUUGUUUGACGAGAAUCAGUAUGAAUGCUUGAUGCAUGUGCUCAUUUUAUUCUCAUAAUGCUGCGUAUGCCACGGUUUUGACUGAGCAUUUAGAAAAGCAUGUAAACUCCACUGCGGAGAAUUGUGCUGGGGCUUUUUCAUAUGACAGCUGAAAAAAAUACACUAGAUGACAAUUUCUGAAAGCGCAGCUUUAUCUUUAUGACAUAUUAUGCGAAUGUGACAUCUGACCACUUUCCCUGGUGCUUGCUCUCAUUGUGAAUGAUGCUUUUGCCAAACAGGUAUGACAUCCAUUUCAAUCACUUGUGUGAGCUGUUCAACAGCAUUUGUGAAAUUGUACAUGCCUAGUUGAACUUUGCUUGUUUUGCUUUUUAUCAGAAAAGACAUAAUGGAAUUGAUGGUUGGAACAACAUGGAAUGGUGGGUACCAUUUCUCUACUAAGGUUAAGAAGGUUGAUUGGAUGUAAAGAUAUAGUGUACCUUGUGUCAUUUAAGUAGAAGGUGAUGACAGAAUUGAAGUAUGCAGAUGGGAAGUAUAUAGCAAGAUUUAUCAUUUUAAAGCAAGAAUAGAGAGGAAAGUGCCUAUCAUAAUGAAUGUCAAUAAGUAUGUCAUGCUUUUACGCAACAUUUUUAAAGCUUUAAUUCUUUAGUAAAUGUAUUAUACUUGUGUUAAAUAUUAUGAAAACAUUGUAAUUAUAUUAAAUCGAUUACACUUACUUGGGUAAUUUGAAGUUUAUAGUAAAAUUAUGUACAAUGCAAAUGUUGAAUGUGAGAAAAUGGAAAGUUUGGAUUUCUGGGUUCUUGGGUUCUAGGACUGGGAAUACGAGAACGACUGUGUACUGAGUUAAUAUAGAUGAAAAUAAAUGUAGAAAUAUAA